UAUCAAGUGACCUACUCUUAAUAUUUUUCUUUCUCUCUUCAAAAAGUAUUUGAAAUGGUUAUAAGUUAUAAUAAAGCCUUUCUCCAUCUUUAUUUUCGCCUUUCCAUGAUCAACCAAGUGUACAUGAGCAGUGUUUCAUUUGGAGGUUUUAAGUCAAUGCCUGGCAGUAAGUAUAUUUUUUCCACUAUGGUACGUUCUUAACGUUUUUUGUAUCACUCUUCUCUCACCUUUCCUACUCUCUUCCUCUCAAGUAUCAGAUACUUGAUUUUAACAGCAGUAAUGAAAGCGUCUUCACCUAAGAAAGAAGUGCUUCUACUAGCACAACAACAAUCGAUACUCAUUUUAUUCGAUAGUACACGAGCAUAGAGUUUUAAAGAAAAUAUAAAUUAUUAUAAAUGUAAUUUAAGUGAAAUAUUUCAAAAAUAUGUAUAUUUACGUAAUUUAGUCAACAAUUUUUUGCCUAUUGUUUUGUAAUUUUAGUAUAUCAUCCUGGAUUUUCUGUUAUUAAGUUUAAGUUAUGAGUGCAUUUAGUUUAUUUAUUCUACAGAUGGUAAUUACACCAUUUACUAUCUCUCAACUUCCUGAAUCUAGUUAUAUGAAUUCGUUCGGAUAUGACGCGUCAUCAGCAUGUAAAAAACCGUUUGCAAGGAAUGCAAAAGCGUACUUCGAAAAACUUCCAUGUGAUUUUCAACAUCAAAAUUGGUGUACCGUAGCUGGAAAAUUUUAUCCAUGGCAUGCAGUAAGAAGAUUUGUUCAAGAAAAUCAAGGUUUGAUGAGACGAAUGUAUGGAGAUGAAAAACAUAUUCUUGUUCUGAAAAAUGAACUAGAAAAAAAUGAUAUUGAUUUGGAAAUCGAGCAACGAAAUCCAAAACUUUUUAAUAACCCCCGCUUUUUUGGAGACUACAAUCAAAAUGAAGAUGAUUAUCAAAUUACCAAAAAUAAAAAUCAAGAUCAUACAUUCACUGAGAAAAUACCAAGAUUCCAUGAUUCAACGAAACUACAUCCUCAAUAUACAGCAUCUUCUACGUAUCCAUCUAUAAACACAGUUUCAUUGAACGAAAACUCAUCACACUUAAACUCAACUCUUUCAACAAAAUUAUACAAAGCUACAGCUAUGACAGAAUCAAAUGAUAAAUUACCAAAUGGUCUCAAUAAGACUGAUGAAAAUAAAGAAAAUAAAAACUCAAAAACGACAGUUCUAUUGUCAGACAUAGCUCGAAUCAAAAAUUCUAGUAUCGAUAAAAUACCAGAUUUUCUAUCAACAACGGAGUAUAAUAUAUUAAAUCUAACAACAACUAAUCCAAUAAGUUCAUUAGAUAUAGAAAAAACAACCAUCAACCCUGAAAGUUUUGCUCAAACUUCAACGACCCUUGGUGAACAAAUUGAUUCGAACACUGAUCGAAUUAAUAAAGACGAAUUAUCUACCAAUGAACAAAAUUACCAUUCACCAAAACCUCAUUUAGAACAUAUAUUAUCUGAUGAUAAUAAACUUAACAAUAAAAGUCAAUUAUUCCAAGAUGCAACAAAAGAGCAGACUGAACGACCAGUUCUUAAACUACGCGGAAUAAAUGCAUGUCCAGUAAAAGAAGAAGUCGUAGCACCGUUUUGGGCAAAUAAUACUCGUGGAGAAGUUUUAGCGCUUUUAAAUUUAUACCCUUUUGAACAAUAUGUUCAUUGGGAAAAAUGCACACAUGAAAAAAAGCAGAUGUAUUGCAGAGAAGGCUGCAGAUGUGAACAACAAUAUAGACUUCAUCGCCUCCUUGCUUAUGAUCCAAAUAACGAAUGUCGAGGAAUUUUUAGUGAUUGGUUCAAAUUUCCGAGCUGCUGCGUUUGCCGUUGCUAUGAUUUGCCUAUUGAAUUUCGCGUUACCUCGCGCUCACCUCGCUUACAAAGACGAAAAAUAAAAAUACGAAAAUCAGUUGACUGAUUAAUAAAUAAAAUAAAUAAAUCAAACAAUAUUUUUAUUUUUUAGUUUCGACUGUAGAUCCAUAUCAAGAACUUUGAUGUGCAAGUUAUAAAGUUAAAAAAUAAAUAAAAGG